AGAUAUCGAUAUAGCAGAAGGAACCACGCAGCGGAACUGGUAACACGUCGCCUUCCGCUCGACGGUACAUACUCGACUUUGUGACGCUGUUCGCGGGGGAUCGGCUCUCGCCAAGCGAUGCUUCCUGCCGGGCUCCGGUACACGCUGGUUGGGUUUUCGGACACCCUUGACUGGAAGCCCGUGGAUUUCGUAAAACCGAUACCGCCGGACAGGGUGUGCGCAGUGUGCGGACUGGUACGCGCAGUGACCGCGCUGCUUCCUUGCGGUCAUUCACUUUGCGAAUGCUGCAGCCAACAGUGUGCUGCGGACGACGGUUACCACUGCCCACUGGACGGCGACCGCUACACGGACGGUGAUGUCGACUGGAGGAGCUUGGCCGCUGAGAGCCUGCUGCAGAGAGAAGUGUACUGCUGGAACAAACCAUCUGGAUGCGAGGCCGUCCUGACUGCUUCGGAGGUCCACAAGCAUUUUCAAACUGAAUGCAGAUACCACUCUGCCUUUUGUCCAAGAUGUUCUGAGACUGUUCUCUGCAACAGCAUGUGCGCACACAUCAGGUUGAACUGUCGGACGUCGGUCGCGCCAAAUACUUCAGAGAACGCGCAACAAGUGAGCCAGAAAGGCGAUUCAGCGUUGAGACAAGCAACAAACCAGUUUCUUGAAAACCCUGUGGCUGAAAUUAAGGCCGCCUUGCUUAGCAUUAUCAGUGCAUGUAGCGCUCACAGCAACACACUUAACAGUGUCGCUCAAACAAUCAACUCGAUAGGUGGCAAAACGGAACAAUGUCGAGUAGAUAUUAAAGAAGUAGUUGAAACUUUCGCAGGCGCUGCUGUUGUGAUUGGUGAGAUUAACGAGUUGGUUAAACGAUCGUUUGUGACCUCGAACGCCAGUUCAGAGAGAAUUUCUGAAGGUAUCGGUGCCUUACAGGACAUGAUAAAUAACCUUGCAACGAACCACCAGCAUCAUACAGCGGCAGAAGCAGCGGCUCAGAUGGAAGCCAUAAAGAUGGGGGUUGCAGAGAGCAGUCAGAUAGCAUUGCACGCAACAGAAAGAGCGCUUGCGCACUACUCGAUUGCUCUUGCGCUUUACCAUUUCGUUGUACGAAGAAUCAGCGAAAAAAAGCAGGCUGCUAUUGGUGUAGGCCAAUGCACCUAUCUGUGCGAUAAGAUCUAUCUGCGUGGCUACUGCAUCACUCCCGGAUUGUGUUUUAGGAGGAACAAUGGAUCGGUCUCGCUGCAUAUUCCGAUCGCUUUUCACAAAGGCGCAGUCGAUGACUCCAUCGAGUGGCCCUUUAAGAAAACAAUAAAGCUCAGCAUAGUGCACCCGAUUACCGGCCUGCAGCGCGAUAUGCGAAAGAUUUGCCGCAAGGUGAAGGGCGCUUUUCUACAGAAACCUGUGGAAUGCAGCAACGAAGCAGGAUUUUUUGAAAGUUCUACAAUCUCCUUGAACGACCUGGAACGGGACGGCUUUGUACACAACGACCAGCUACAGUGCACGUGGCAUAUUUUAGAACGAUGAAAAAAAAAAAUACGCUCAAACAAUUUGCGACACUUGUGCGUAAGGAUCUGCCGAGGAGGCAGGGAAAGGGGGGGGGGGGGGGCGUGUAUUUUUCCCAACUUCCC